UACGAGGCUCUUUGUCCCAGAAGCCCAUUGUAUAGAGCGGAGGAAACCCUGUGCCGUGAGCAGCCAUCUUGGAUAGACAGAUCAUACUUGAGCCAGGAUAACCUGCAUACCUCCUGUGAACAGCUCAAAGCGCAAAAGACUUAAUAUCUGAGCCACAAUGGCCACCGCACCGUACAACUACUCCUACAUUUUCAAAUACAUCAUUAUCGGGGACAUGGGGGUAGGGAAGUCAUGUUUGCUUCACCAGUUCACAGAAAAGAAAUUCAUGGCUGACUGCCCUCAUACUAUUGGCGUGGAGUUUGGUACGAGGAUAAUCGAAGUAAGUGGGCAGAAGAUCAAGCUCCAGAUCUGGGACACAGCAGGACAAGAGCGCUUCAGGGCCGUCACCCGCUCCUACUACCGCGGGGCCGCAGGGGCGCUUAUGGUCUACGACAUCACCAGGAGAAGCACGUACAACCAUCUCAGCAGCUGGCUGACUGAUGCCAGAAACCUCACCAACCCCAAUACUGUGAUCAUUCUCAUAGGAAAUAAAGCCGACUUGGAGGCCCAGAGGGAUGUUACGUAUGAGGAAGCGAAGCAGUUUGCCGAGGAGAACGGUUUGUUGUUCUUGGAAGCCAGCGCAAAAACAGGUGAAAACGUUGAGGACGCCUUCCUGGAAGCUGCUAAGAAGAUCUACCAGAAUAUCCAAGAUGGCAGCCUGGACCUGAAUGCUGCCGAGUCGGGGGUUCAGCAUAAGCCCUCGGCCCCUCAGGGCGGCCGGAUAACAAACGAACCACAGCCCCAGAGGGAAGGCUGCGGCUGCUAAUGACCAAGCAAAAAGCCCCUUUGCCCCAUUUCUCCCACUGUCUGUCUGUCCCACCCCCCACCCCCUUUCCUGUCCUGCCAAUCCCCUCCAUUCCAUCCACCACCUCCGUGCAUUCACACCCCAUCCCACUGCACCAGGUGCUGCGUGAGAGCAGGGCUGCGGAGGGAAGGAACAGAGGGGGGUGAAUAUCGACUUGGGCCAGGCUGAGCUGGGCUUUGUGGACUACAUCUCCCCCUUCUCCUCCUCUUCCUCCUCCUCUUUAAUCUCGAUCAGUGUAUUGUCAUCCGAUAACUCUUCUUCUUCCACCCCCCCACAAACCUCUCACACCAUUCAGCCUAGUUCCCUCCAUCAUAGUAUCAUAGAAUCCACCACACAUUACACAGGUCACUGACACUUUAGAUAGAUGUAAUGUUCAUACGAUAAUGAAUAAAGCAAGACUGUUUUUUUUAUGUUGGAUUUUAUAGCUAUAUGCGAAAUGUAAACACUGCGUUAAGUUUCAUUCACCACCAAUCAGUUGGAACUAAAUUAUAUUCCCAGAGUCCGCCUCCCCUGCAUGGGUUACAUUUCCUGUAUUUUAUCAGCACACGCAAAUGUGAUAUCUCACUCGUGCUUAUUUGCUUGGGAGCAGAACGCAAUGGUGAUGAAGUCAUGUAUCAAGCAGCCACACGGGUAGACGCUCUUAAGCACACGUCCAGGAAUGUGUAGUUGAGGGAGCUUUUUCCAGCGGUCUCGAUUCAAACCUGCCUGUGUCUUUUAAAUUCUGCUUUCUCUGCUUUGGCACAGUCCUUUGCCAGAUGUGGCAAUGCUGAUAUUCUCAGAAAGAACGAGGGGGGGGGGUCUAGAAAACUAGGAAUUACCCAGAAAUUCUUUGUGGAUUAUUCCCCGGGCCUCUCCACUGAGUUAUUACAUGGAAUAUUGGGUGUUUUCCAGCUUGUCUGUGUUUUUUUUUGUUUUUGUCACACAAAGAUUUUUUUUAUUUUGCACCAGCUCUUCUUCUUUAUCUCCCAUUUCACACCCAAACUCUCCCUCACGUCACGUAUAACAAGAUUGUCUUUACCAGCAUUUUCUUUGUCAUUGUUUGUUGCCUUAUUAUUAAUGUUAUUACUCUGGAAUCUUUGUUUUGCUGCACUUGCUCUUCACACUGCUCUCUGAAUUCAAUUCGAUUCAAUAAAUCAGCUCUUUUAGAUUCAUUGUCACAUUUUACUGAAACAAAUAACUGAAGUACUUGAGGUAGUCGGCACGGUCACAGUAUCUUAAAUGGCCAAGUAUUAGGAGCAAAGUCCCGACUGUUUAAGUGGAAAAAUAUACUCGUCCCUCCUGUAUAAUCAACAAAGCCACACUAAAGAGCCCAUUUCUUCUGCCUCCUAUAAAGCGACACCAAGCAGUGUGCCCCCCGAAACAUGACAAAAGAAAAAAAAUGUCUCCUUUUUCAAGUACGAAUAUUUGUACCAUAGUGUUUCCCCGAUUGGACAGCUGUAUAUAUUGCUUCUUAACUACUGGUGAUGACCUCGCUACUGUACUUUGAAUUUAGAAAUUUAUUUGGUCGCUCUGCCAAUUUCUGUACAGUUGGUGUGCUAGUGGGUUGCCUGUAAUUCAUGCUUGGGAAAAAUUCUGUAACAUAGUUUCUAUUAAUAAAUGUAUGUAAAGGACGGAUAACUAGACACCCUCCCCCAUCACCCCGUCUGCACACUACUGAACCUGCCGAGUGGUUGAGGGGUGAGGAAGCGGAUUGAGAUGAUGCGCAAACUAUUUAUGUCUGCCUUGAUUCUUAUAUCUGUAACGGAGCGGAGAGUGGGGCACUCUGUUUAUAUUCUGUUUUCUUUUUCCACCCCUUCAUCGCUCCUCUGUAUGGGAGGGGCUGCAUCGCUGUCUUAACUCUUUUGGGGAGUGGGGGAUUGCUUUGUUAUCGUGGGAAGUGGGCCAGCCGGGUCUUCCUUUUAUUUUAUUUUUUUUUUCCUGUGUCCCUCACCUGUUCUGCAGUUUGAGUGACCACUUCCUGCUUUUGUCUAAGUACAAAAAGAAACGUACAUAUGUAUAAAUUUUUAAGGAGCUGUGCUAACAUUUAAAUGCGUUCUCUUGCGUGUAUAUGAUUUUAAAAUGUUGACAUUUUGAUUUUAAUGAAAAAAAUACUCUAGACAGAAAAAAAUAAAUUAUACAUAACCUGUU